AUGGAUGGUACGUGUGACGUGAUGAACGAGGAGAGGGACGGAGGUUGGGGCGAUGGUGCUGCUGGGAGUGGGAGGGGACUGCUUAAGAGGAGUGGAGGAAAAGGGGAUGGCGAGGGGAGUGAGAGCGAUUUGGUUUUAAAACGUAGUGGUGAUCGAGAGGAGGGAGCAAGGGAGGAUGGGGAAGAGCACGGGAAGAGUGGAUGUUGUCGGAAAAGGCGGAAGAAAGGAAAGCAGCAGGGAGACUUGGGGAAUGAGUCGAAAAGGGAAGAUGGGAGAGGUGUGAAAGGGCAAGAGGGGAAAGGAGUGCAGGAGGUGACUGGUGUGGAGGACGUGAAUGAUGAGUUCUUUCAGGCUGUUGGAGGCGAACCUGAAAAGGCUGGUACUGACGCGGAAUCUGGAAAUAAGCUAUUGCAGGCGGGUGGACCUGAAGCUGACGAAGCUGAGCAGUUGCGGGUGCAGCCGCUGACUCGGUGCGUGCUGCAGCGAGAGCCCCUGUUCGACCAGAUGAUUGCCAACUGGUACAGCGGAGACCAGGGUAUCAAGCCGCAUGUGGACUUGCUGCGGUUUGACGAUGGCAUCGCCAUCCUCUCCCUCCUCUCGCCCUGCGUUAUGACCCUUGCUCCCGCUCCCCCCACCACCACCAGUGCCACCCGCACCACCAUUGCCACCCCUACCGCCACCGCCGCCACCAAUGCUAGCCCUCCUCCCUCUGCCCCUCAUGAAUUCCCUGUUGAACCACCACCCUCAUCUUAUGGAGAUAUGCGCUCUCCUGAUGCUGCAGCUGCACCAUCAACUGCUGCUAGAAACAACCAAGGAGGAGCAAGGCUCGCGAACGCAUGGGGCGACGAUUUCGGUAACGGAGGCAUGAGGCCACGACCAGUGUUUUCGCUGCAGCAUUUCGUGCUUCAGGCGAAAGGGAGGGCCCUUUACCGGGAUGCUUUCAGGACGGCACGACUCGCGCCGCCAGAAUCGCGAGCUGAUCUGCAGAAGAUGAUUCGAGAGGAAGCAGAGAAGCAUGCAGGGGAGAGCGACAUCAGCAAGAUACGGUUCUACAUGAGCGAGGGCAUGCAGCGGUUGAAGGAGCUCAAGAGUAUGCUCGAUAAUCAAGGGCGGUGA